GAAUGCGGCCGACCGUUCAAUGCGGGCUCGUUCUACGAGCAUGCCAAUAUGCCUCUUUGCGAGACCCACUAUCACGAGAAACGUGGUAGUCUCUGUGCAACAUGUCAGAAACCGAUUAGCGGGCGGUGCGUCUCGGCGAUGGGACAGAAAUUUCAUCCGGAACACUUUUGCUGCUCCUAUUGCCGCAAGCAGCUCAACAAGGGCACUUUUAAGGAAGUGGACCGGAAACCGUUCUGUCACAAAUCUGGAUACCUAUAAUUCAAUUAAUUCCAGCUGGAUUACUUAAUU